CUGUCCCCCCCGUCUCCGCCGGAAGAUGUUGGGCUUGAUUUGCCGUCAGACAUUGUUGGCGAAUACCCAAAAAGUCGGCACCAGAUGUUUGGGAUCGAUAGUUCCGGUGUCGAACUCGCCGGACUUUCCACUGGAGAAUGAGCCGGUUCUUAGCUACAAGAAGGGCAGUCCAGAAAGAGUGGAGCUGGAGAAAGUCUUGGAUAAGAUGAGCAGCGAAUGCGAGGAGGUGCCAUUAGUUAUCGGAGAUGAGGAGAUCAAGACCAAUCUAUGCAGAUAUCAAGUCAUGCCACAUAAUCACAAGGAAAAAGUCGCCAAGUAUUACUGGGCAACGCCGCAGCUUGUGAAGAAAGCGAUUGACGUCGCGGUGAAGGCGCAGCGAGAAUGGGAGAAAUGUCCAAUCGAGAAGCGGUUAGAGAUGUGGUUGAGGAUAGCAGAUUUGAUGGCAACCAAGUACAGGCAACAUCUUAACGCUGCCACCAUGCUUGGUCAGAGUAAAACCGUGAUCCAAGCAGAGAUCGACAGCGCGGCGGAGCUGAUUGACUUUUUCAAAAUGCAUGCGUAUUUCGUGAAGGAGAGUCUCAAGUACCAGCCAAUCUCACCGGCUCAGACCCUCAACUCGAUGAGGUAUCGCGGUAUGGAUGGUUUCGUAGCGGCUGUGUCGCCCUUCAACUUCACCGCAAUUGGCGGUAAUCUCAGCUAUACGCCGGCACUGAUGGGUAACGCCGUACUCUGGAAGCCAUCCGACACUGCGUUAUUAUCCAACUGGUGGAUCUUUAAGAUAUGCAGAGAGGCCGGGGUGCCACCCGGCGUGGUGAAUUUUGUUCCUUGCGAAGGACCUGUGUUCGGCGAUACCAUCACGUCCUCGCCUCAUCUCUCCGGACUCAACUUCACUGGCUCGGUGCCGACGUUUAAUCGUCUAUGGAUCCAGAUUGGUCAGAAUCUUUCCAAAUACAGGAACUACCCGAAAUUAGUUGGUGAGUGCGGUGGCAAGAAUUAUCACUUUGUCCAUUCAAGUGCUGAUGUGGAAUCGGUUGUUUACGCGACGAUAAGAAGUGCAUUCGAGUUCAAUGGACAGAAGUGUUCCGCUUGCAGUAGAAUGUAUGUACCAGAAUCUCUAUGGUGCGAGAUAAAAGACAACCUCUUAGCUCUUCGUCAAAAACUCACAAUCGGUGAUAUUCGAGACUUCACUAUAUUCACCGGCGCUGUUAUAGAUGCCGUUGCGUUCAAACGAAUUUCCGAUUACAUCGAGUACGCGAAGAAAUCGCCCAAUUUGGAAAUUCUUGGCGGUGGAGGCUAUGAUGAUUCGUGCGGAUAUUUUAUCGAACCGACAAUAGUACAAUCCAAAGAUCCGAAAGAAAAACUAAUGACAGAAGAAAUAUUCGGCCCGGUGUUAACAAUAUAUGUUUACAAAGAUUGUGAGCUGGAUCAGACGGUAAAGUUAGUGGAAACAUCAACACCUUACGCCUUAACUGGAGCGAUAUUUACACAAGAUGAAAAAUGGGCGAAGCAGGCACUUGAAGAUUUUAAAUAUACUGCCGGUAAUUUUUAUAUCAACGAUAAAUCGACCGGUUCAGUAGUCGGUCAACAGCCAUUCGGUGGCAGUCGAAUGUCCGGUACAAAUGACAAAGCCGGCGGUCCUCACUAUCCUCUUCGCUGGAUGUCCCCGCAGUGUAUUAAAGAGACCUUCGCGCCCUUACGAGAAUACGACUAUCCUUACAUGAGAUGCUAAACACCAUAUUCGCUUGUUGUUAAUUCGGUGUGAUUAAUCUGGUAAUAUAUUGCCUGAUAGUUGCACGUUGCAAACCGAGAAACGUCAUAUUUUCAUCUGAUCGAGAAAUAAACAAACCGGGGCAAUAUACGGUGGUAUUACUACUCUGCUGCUUUAACUCAAUGAAUAAGAAAACAAACAAGAAGGAAAAAACAUUCAGUCCACCAUUCAAAUGAGGUAUCAUACAGAAAUACAUAGGAGAUUAAUGGAUUUACAAAAAUUUUUAAAGUAAACUAUAUAAUUUAGAAUUGCAACAGAAAAAAGCUCAAAAUUUUGAUUAUAGGAGCGGAUACGGUGAAAUAAAGCGUGCGGAGAUACCUUUUCUAUGAUAAAAUCUCACUUGAGUAAGAUUCUUGUCUUACGGUAUGAUAUUCUUAAUUUGCUUCCUGAUAAUUACAUAAAAUUAUUUAGUGAGAAUAUAAUUAGAUGGAAACAAAAAGUAUACCGUGUGACAAGAUUAUAAUGUCAAAUUAAUUUCAACGUGCAGAAAUUGACAAAACGAUUUCGCAUAAGAGGAUUUUCUUUCGAUAGGGAGCACAGUAAACUUGUGAACGCAAUUUUUGCGAUGCACAAUAGAGACACGACUAGAUUCAUAGAUAAAUUAAACGCUAAAGGGAGGAAAUCAGGCUCGCAGGUUACAGUAAGUGCACACAUAACUCGCCUUCGAAUGUUCCGUUGACAUCACCUCGUGAUGGAUACGGAAUUUCAGUGCGGCGAUUCUCCCGUGAUCGAUUAUAUUAGCUGCGGACGUCGCUUCGUAAGCCGCUAAACACGCUGUCUCGAUUACUCGUCGCCAGUAUAUUACCAAAGUAUUAUCUAACGUGCAUUUCGGAGACGUGUGAUCUCAUCACCGUGUGCCCGAUGUAUCCUUUCCCUUCUCUCAGUACAAUAACACUUUUAUAACUCGAGAGUUAUCGCAUCAUCGAUUGACGAGGGAACGCGAGCAAAACAACGCGUUUAUCUAUCGGUACAUGAUUACGUACAGUAACAAAAAGAGGUAUAUCUUUAAUCUCAUCGAAUUACAUCCGGGAUAUUGGAUAACGUAUUCGCUAUUGUCACCUGUCCUCAAUGUCGAUUGAAUAGAGCAAAAUAUUGUUAAUGUGAUCAAUAAAGCUUCGAUUUAAACCCCGUUUUUAGAUGCGAUAUUACCUAUAUUGUAAAUGAUGGAUUUCUUUUUUUACUACUAAGGAAAUUAUCAUGGGUUUCGCAGUUUCGAUGAUUUUCAGUUCCUUUCUAAUAACGUACUUUGUAAGAUUGUAUAUGCGGAAGACGUGUCACGUGAUCCCUUUGUAAUAGCUGAAGUAAGUACUCUUAACAUUUACAUUUACAUACACAUUUGUAUACGCACAUGUGUGUGUGCGUGUGUAUGUAUUCCCAGAUCUUUGAUCGUCUUAUAAUAUUGUUGAUCAUGUGAUGGGAUGUUUCGAGAGUUGAUAGGUGAUCGCCAAGAACAUAAUAAUUGACAAUAUGUUAUAUAUUGUGGCAAGUGUUACAGCGUUAUUUAAGUGAACGAUAGCAAUAAAGCAACAUAAAUCUAUAUAAUCUU